CCAGUGCACCAAUUCGAUGUUGUAACUUCGUUUCCUGAAUCUGCCGAGGGUCACACAUGAACAAAUAUUCAUUAUAAUUUUUUUCUCACCUAAACCAGAUAGCUACAUAUCAGACAACAAUUACAUUGAGAAAAUGCUCAGAACAUUGUGCCGGACCGGUGGUGCCCUUUUAAAGCAUUCCCAGAGAACAGUGCCCACAGUGCCAGCGUUGUGGGCGACACAAGCCCAGCAGCGAUGGGCGUCCAGUCUGCCCAUGAACACUGUGGUUCUGUUUGUGCCACAACAAGAAUCCUGGGUUGUGGAAAGGAUGGGCCGCUUCCAUCGCAUAUUAGAGCCGGGCUUGAAUUUCCUAAUCCCAAUCCUGGACAAAAUACGCUAUGUGCAAAGUCUUAAAGAGAUAGUUAUUGAUGUCCCAGAGCAGUCUGCGGUUUCUUUAGAUAAUGUGACACUACAGAUAGAUGGAGUCCUCUAUCUUAGGAUAUUGGAUCCUUUUAAGGCCAGCUAUGGAGUUGAGGACCCAGAGUAUGCUGUCACCCAACUUGCCCAGACCACCAUGCGCUCAGAGCUGGGAAAACUGACCCUGGACAAAGUAUUCAGGGAAAGAGAAACCCUUAAUACCAACAUAGUCCACUCCAUCAACCAGGCGUCAGAUGAUUGGGGAAUCCGUUGCCUUCGUUAUGAAAUCAAGGAUAUACAUGUUCCACCUCGUGUCAAAGAGUCCAUGCAGAUGCAGGUGGAGGCAGAGCGUAAGAAGAGAGCCACUGUGCUGGAGUCAGAAGGUCACAAGGAAGCAGCCAUCAACGUUGCUGAGGGUCGCAAGCAAGCUCAGAUCCUGGCCUCGGAAGGACAGAAAACAGAACAGAUCAACAAAGCGGCUGGUGAGGCCAAUGCUGUCUUAGCCAAAGCAGAGGCCAAAGCUAAGGCUAUCCGGCUGUUGUCAGAUGCUCUAGCUGAACAGAAUGGAAACGCGGCAGCCUCCCUCAGUGUGGCUGAGCAAUACGUCUCCGCUUUCUCCAAGCUGGCCAAAGAGUCCAACACCAUCCUGUUGCCCUCCAACUCUGGUGACAUCAGUGGCAUGGUCACACAGGCUAUGACUAUUUAUGGCAGCCUGGCCAAGCAGAGCUCAAAAAAGAUAGAAAGUGUGGCCCCAGAGUGGGCGAUGGAGAAGAGUGAGGAGCCUGCGCCACCAACCCAGUAAUGAAGGAUGUCAAGACCACUCAGAGCAGAGUCAGACACCGAACCAGAAGCAGUGCAAGACAACUACGAGGUGCCAAGGCAUUGUUGCCUGGUCAGCACCACCACUGUCUGGCGCAAGGGACACACUAUCUGCUGCAGAUUGAAGGACAUUGAAACAGAAGAACAGGAUAAGAACGUAAAGACUUUGGGAAUGCUUAGAGGCCUGGAAACAUCAACCCAUUUGGGAGGAUUCAUGUCACUUACACAUUUUCAUUUUGAUUGAGUGUUAUUGCAUACGUUACAUACAUAUGUUCCAAUUACAAAUCCACAAGCUGUCAUAUUGAUACUUUUCUUUUGCAUGAAAUAGCCAAAAUGACUGCGUUGAUGAGUAUAAUAGUAACUUAUGGUAAACUAGUAACCUGGUUUAGAGUGUUCUGAAUUACCUCAUGUUCCCGAGUGAUAGGAUAUGAUCUGUUUAAGUGAUAUACUGUUGUCUUUUAUAUGUCCAACUAUUUGUCCUUCAUAUGUUUUCAUUUCAUAGUGUCAUGAAUGUUUUACUUCAUGUAAGUUAGAGCUUGUGACCUGACAUUAAGAGCCUUCCAGGUUCAAAGCAAGCAGAGGAGGGAAUAAGGUCAGAUAUAUGAAUAGAGGUUAGGAUGCAAUCUCCACUGUAAUACUUUAAAUGGGGCUGUGUUUAGACGGGCAGACCAUUCUGAUAUUUUUUCUGCUGAUUGGUCUCGACCAAUCACAUCUGAUCUUCUUCAGAGCUGAUCAGAUUGGUCAAAAGACCAAUUUAUUUAAAAAAUUGAUCAGAAUUGCUGCCUGUGUAAAUUAUAUAAACUACAUCAAGUUAAGUCACCAAAAGUACUUGUAAGAAAAUGUCCUUGGAUCGAAAUACAUUAUUGAAGUGGAAUGUUUUAUUUCACACCCAUACCAAAUGGGAAGGGGCCUCUGUUUUGGAGGAAGGUUUGGCAUAACAUAGCAAAUGUAUCAAUACAAUACAUUAAAUGACCACUAUACCAAUAAUGGUCAUCCAUGAUGAUGCUGUCACUACUAAAGGAAUUGUGACUGACUUUAGGCAAGAUUGUAACACCUCAUCACAAUACAUCUUGGUUACGAAAAUGAUAGGUUUGAAUGAUUUGUGUGGACACAGCAGUGAUUUCAUAAUUUUUUCUCCAUAUUGUUCAUUGUAGUAAAUAUACAUACAAAAGUAAUACUCUCUGAAAAUGAAAAUUAUCUCUGAAAUUUC